UUUAUCAUUACAGUGGUUAUCCUUGGAACAGCACGUUUGUGCCCUUUCCGAAAUAUAGGAGCGAUUCAUUCAUUGAAAUGACCUACAAUGAGUAAAUACACCUCCAUAUAUAACUACAAUGAACUGGGUCCCUGUGUUCACUCGACUGAUUACAUUCUAAAGAAAUAAACUCAGUGUAGGCUGAUUAGUGUUAUGUGCAGUGGUAGUUGGUGUUGUAGUUUUACUAGUCGUCGUCGCCUCUUCCAUUGCUAUCUGGCUGUUGCCAACCGAGCCAAUAACAAACAUGGCAAAUAGAAGUUAUGUCGCAAGCAGCAUGUUCCUCGGAUUGCAAGAGAUCAGUUUUCGAGAAUGCAUCGUUUUUGUGACGACAUGUCUCUUCGUUCGUCUUCUUGUUUCCCGUGGAUCGUUUAAAAAGAGUACCCCUCCUUCUAACCCACCCCCACCGUCUCCAACGGGGCUUCCAUUUUUCGGGAACCUGUUCAGUUUCCAGGAGGACAUGCGGCAUCUCUUUCGGAAAUGGACCAACGAGAUAGGGGGUAUCUUUCGACUUCGGAUAGGGCCGGUGAUGGAUAUCGUGGUGAUAAACGACGUCGAAGCGAUCCGGGAAGCAUUUGUUGAAAAGGCAGACGCCUUCUCUGAUCGCAUGGUACCCCCGCUACUCGGUGUUGCAUUUGGCAAACGAGGUAGCCUCAUUUGGCCGGCAGGAGAUGGAUGGAAAAAGACCCGAAAAUUUGGGCACAGUGCCUUUAGGAGUAUGGGACUUGGUAACAGAAGAAUUGAGGACAAAAUCGUUGAAGAAGGAAGAGUUCUUGUUCAGGCAUGUGAGAUGAAGGAAGGCGAGCCUUUUAACCCCAGAGUUCUCAUCACUAAUGCUGUUGGCAACAUGAUAGCAUGUUUGGUGACUGGAUCUCGUUACGAUUAUGGUGACCCCGAUUUCGUGAAGAUCGUCGGCGACAUCGAGCGUCUCUCUGAGAACACCUCACUGACGUCUCUCGGUAACGUUUUCCCGUUCCUCUAUUACACCCCACUCUACACCGGCUUUCGGCGCCCUAUGCAAGAUAUCAUCUCGUACAUCAAAUCAAUGGUCAAACAGCACCAACAGAACUUCGACCCUCUUAACGUUCGAGACAUAAUCGACCUCUACAUGGUCGAGCUUAAGCAGCAACGGGAGCAACAGAUUCCUGGUGUUGUAGAGGAGAACCUGGAAUGGAGGCUGGUUGUUGAACUCUUUCUAGCCGGCAUGGUGACUACCAGUGAUUCUCUGCUAUGGGCUAUACUCAUCGUGGCACAGCAUCCACAGUUAAUGAAAGAAAUCCAGAAAGAAAUCGAUGACGUCAUCGGUGAAGAACGACCCCCAAAGAUGGCUGACCAAGAUGCAUUGCCUCUCAUUGUAGCAACACUCAUGGAAGUGAGUCGAAUCCGCCCAGUAACACCUCUGGCCUUGCCGCGAUUGACAAGCCGAGAUGCUACGGUACAAGGAUACCACAUUCCGAAAGACACUGUUGUUUUGAUGAACCUAUGGGAGGUACUCAACACUCCGAAGAACUGGGACAAACCUGAAGAAUUCAACCCGUAUCGUUUUCUGAGUGAAGAUCGACGAAGCGUGGUGGACCACCCUGCGUUUAUUCCAUUCGGAAUAGGACUGCGUGCGUGUCUCGGCGAAAAGCUGGCGAGGAUGCAAAUGUUCAUAAUCUUCACAAGCCUUCUGCAGAGAUUCACGUUUUGUUUGGCAGACGACAGUCGAUCGGUCGGAAUGAAAGGCAAGGCGGGAAUCGCUUACUCUCCACUAAAGUAUGAUAUCAUCCUUAAGAGAAGAGAAAACAGCGAUUGAUUGGCAUUUUUACCAUUCCAAUUCGAUUUUGAUUUUAAUUUGCCGCAUAUUUCACAUUUCACUUGGGUAUGUAAAUAGUAAUCACCUCGCCCACUGGAUGGGAUGUUGAAAGAGAUAUUGUAUAACAGAGCUUAUGUACAAAGUAACACAUGAUAUAUUUUCUCUGUAUACAUACUUUGAAUUGAUUAAAAUAACUUACGUCAUGGGGAAAAUUAUUGUCGUCCUAAAUUUACUUAAAUCUUCUAUUAUAUGAAUUGAACAUACAAUAUUUGUCCAGCUAUUGGAGUUUCUAAUAUAGAAAUAUUUGAUUUUGGGAAUCUCAUAAUGAAAAUGGUCGACUUCAUGUUUUGAUAUCGAAAUGUAUGACCGUCAAGUGAACAAAGGGGACAGUCAAUCAAUUAUUACGUUUUAUGAUAUAUUCUUCAUUAAUAGAAAAUAUACUUAAUAUUACUAUACGUAUGUAAGUUUGAAAUUGUUUUUGUAUCUAACUUUUAAAUCUGGGGUGCCACAAGGGUCAAUUCUUGGCCCCUUGAUUUUUGUGUGUGUAUAUUAAUGAUAUUAAUAAUUAAAAAUUUCAUAAUAGUUCCAAGAUAUCACUCUAUGCUGACGAUACUGUCAUUUUUAUUUAUUCUAAUAAUUUGUCUAAAUUUCAAGAAAUAUAACUAAAUGUGACUAUACACUAAAUUCACUCAUUAUGACUAUACAUAUGUAAGUUUGAAACUGUUAUUGUAUUUAACUUUUAAAUCUGGGGUGCCACAAGGGUCAAUUCUGGGCUCCUUGAUUUUGUGUUUGUAUCUUAAUGAUAUUAAUAAUUUAAAAUUUCAUAAUAAUUCCAAGAUAUCCCUCUAUGCUGACGAUACUGUCAUCUUUCUAAUAAUUUUUCUGAAGUUCAAGAAAAUUUACAGAAUGACUUUAUGAGCGGGGGCCAAAGUCAGAAAGAGGAGUUUGCCUACCACUACCACGCAAACCAAGCACACCUUGCUCAUUCGAAAAAUUGUAUAUAUUAUAAAACCAUUAUUUCAGAGGUGUUUUUUGGUAAUAGCAACCCAAAGAUAUUGAUUUGAUUUUAACAGAAACG